GGCUGGCUAGCCGCCAUCUUGCUUCUUUUUCCUCGCUUGCUCUCACCCUCUCAGGAGGUAGCGAAAGUGCUUUGGCGGUUUGUACGGCUGCGGCUCGGGCUUCCCGGACCGGGCGGCCUUGCGGACGAUCCCUCGAGGCUCCCUCCCCACCCCCUGAUCCGUACCUGGCGAGCCCCGUGGGAAGCGCGCAGAACUCGGUCUUUUUCACCCUGGCGGAGUACUUUUAAGGGGUGUGGCAGGAGGUUUUGGACUCGAUGAGUUUCCACCGAAAUGUCGGAGAAGUCAGGCCAGAGCACAAAAGCAAAGGAUGGGAAAAAGUAUGCAACACUCAGUUUGUUUAAUACUUACAAAGGAAAGUCCUUGGAAACUCAGAAGACUACAGCUCGACAUGGAUUACAAAGUCUUGGAAAAGUUGGUAUUUCCCGGCGGAUGCCUCCACCUGCUAACCUCCCAAGUCUCAAAGCAGAGAACAAAGGCAAUGAUCCUAAUGUGAAUAUUGUGCCAAAGGACGGCACAGGAUGGGCAUCAAAACAAGAGCAGCAUGAAGAAGAAAAAGCACCAGAAGUGUCACCAGCACAGCCAAAACCUGGGGUUGCAGCUCCCCCAGAAGUAGCACCUGCUCCAAAAUCAUGGGCCAGUAACAAGCAAGGUGGGCAAGGAGAUGGAAUCCAAGUGAACAGUCAAUUUCAGCAGGAAUUUCCCAGCCUGCAGGCAGCUGGAGAUCAGGAAAAGAAAGAAAAAGAAGCAAAUGAUGAAAACUAUGGACCUGGCCCCAGUUUACGGCCACCAAAUGUUGCUUGUUGGAGAGAUGGUGGUAAGUCUGCUGGCUCACCUUCCUCUGAUCAGGAUGAAAAGCAACUUGGCCAGGAUGAAAGCACGGCUAUAACAUCAGAACAAAAUGAUAUUUUGAAAGUAGUGGAAAAGAGGAUAGCUUGUGGUCCUCCACAGACCAAGCUGAAUGGACAACAGGCUGCCCUUGCUUCUCAGUAUAGAGCUAUGAUGCCUUCAUAUAUGUUUCAACAAUACCCAAGGAUGGCAUAUCCUCCUCUACAUGGCCCCAUGAGAUUCCCACCUUCUUUAUCUGAAACAAACAAAGGCCUUCGAGGAAGAGGUCCUCCUCCUUCGUGGGCUUCUGAGCCUGAACGCCCAUCCAUCCUUAGUGCAUCAGAACUGAAGGAGCUCGAUAAAUUUGAUAACCUAGAUGCUGAAGCUGAUGAAGGAUGGGCAGGUGCUCAGAUGGAAGUAGAUUAUACAGAACAGCUGAAUUUCAGUGAUGACGAUGAGCAAGGAAGUAGUAGUCCUAAAGAGAACAGCAGUGAGGAUCAAAGUUCAAAAACACCUGAAAACACAGAAAACCGAAAAGAAAUAGAUGAAGCAUCUGGCACCAAAUUAUCUUCUCAGAUACCUGCUCAGCCUCCAGGAGCAAAAAGUCCUUAUGGAAAGGGACCUCCAUUUAAUCAGGAACGUGGACCUUCUUCACACUUGCCACCACCUCCCAAGUUGCUUGCACAACAGCAUCCCCCACCUCCAGAUCGACAAGUACCUGGAAGACAAGGCCCUUUUCCUUCAAAGCCUCAAGUACCUGAUAAUGAUGAAAUCUGGAAGCAAAGACGAAAACAACAAUCUGAAAUCUCUGCCGCAGUGGAGCGUGCUCGCAAACGGCGCGAGGAGGAAGAGCGAAGAAUGGAGGAACAGAGGAAGGCAGCGUGUGCAGAGAAAUUGAAACAGCUGGACGAGAAGCUGGGUAUCAUAGAAAAACAACCAUCUCCAGAGGAGCUCAGAGAAAAGGAGAGGGAGAAGGAAAGGGAGCGGGAGAGAGAACUUGAAAAAGAGAAGGAACGGGAGAGGGAGCGGGAGCUCGAGAGAGAGCAGGAAAGACAGAAAGAAAUGGAGAAGGAAAGACAGCAAGAGAAAGAGCUAGAACAACAGAGGGAAAAGGAGCAAGAACUGCAAAGGAUGAAAGAAGAGGAGAAAGAGUGUGAGUUGAAGGAAAAGGAGAAAGAAGAGAAAGUUGAACCCCAAGAGCCCAUUUUAGAGCCUGUGACAGAAAAACAAGAAAGUGAAACCAACUGUAAUACAGAAGAGGAAGCAGUUUUCACUAGACAGGACAGCAAUCGCAGUGAGAAGGAGACCACACAAGUGGUGCAGGAAGCAGAACCUGAGUCCGGCUCUCAGCCCCGACCUGCUGGAUUAUCGGGCUAUUUCAAACAGUUUCAGAAAUCAUUGCCACCACGAUUUCAGCGGCAGCAGGAACAGAUGAAACAGCAGCAGUGGCAGCAGCAGCAGCAACAGCAGCAGCAGCAGCAGCAGCAGCAAGGUGUACUUCCACAGACUGUUCCUUCACAGCCGUCUAAUGGUUCGGUCCCUCCUCCACCACACAGACCUCUUUAUCAGCCAAUGCAACCCCACCCUCAGCAUUUGGCUUCUAUGGGUUUUGAUCCAAGGUGGCUCAUGAUGCAGUCCUAUAUGGAUCCUCGAAUAAUAUCGGGGAGGCCUGCUAUGGAUAUCCCACCCAUUCAUCCUGGAAUGAUUCCUCCUAAGCCAUUAAUCAGAAGAGACCAGAUGGAAGGGUCACCAAAUAGUUCUGAGUCAUUUGAGCAUAUAGCUCGAUCUGCAAGAGAUCACGGAAUUUCCCUUUCUGAACCUCGAGUGAUGUGGGGGUCAGAUCCCUAUCAUGCUGAGCCUCAGCAGGCAGCUACUCCCAAGUCAGCUGAAGAACCUGGGGAUGCAAGGCCUGAAACUGCUUUGGACCAUGAGCAAAUUCCUGCUGCUUAUUCUAUAGAACAUAGUCAUCUGGAGACUCAUUCAAAAAUAGAGGCUGCUAGAGACUCAGCUGAAACAGAAGGACAAAAGUUUUUAAGCAGAUCAGUGGAAGAUGUAAGACCUCACCAUGCUGAUACAAAUAAUCAGUCUGCUUGUUUUGAUGUGAUUGAUCAAAAGAGCUUACCUACUCCUCCAGAAGAGCGAAUUUCAGCACUAGAAAGUCAACCUGCCCGGAAAAGAAGUGUUUCCCAUGGAUCUAACCAUGCUCCAAAAGCAGAGGAGCAAAGAAAUGAGCCCUCUGUCAGCCUUCCUAAAGUCAGCAGCAGGUGCAUUGAUUCUAAAGAAACUGGAGAAAAGCCAGAGGAGAAGCCAAGAAAAGAUGGCUUUCUGCGAUCUUCUGAAGGACCUAAACCAGAGAAAAUAUACAAAUCUAAGUCAGAAACUCGUUGGGGUCCAAGACCAAGCUCCAACAGAAGAGAAGACGGUAAUGAUCGGCCUGUAAGAAGGUCCGGACCCAUUAAAAAACCUGUGCUUAGAGAUAUGAAAGAGGAGCGGGAGCAAAGGAAGGAGAAAGAAGGCGAGAAGGUUGAAAAGGUCACUGAAAAAGUUGUUAAAACAGAAAAACCAGAGAAGAAAGAGCUUCCUCUUCCUCUACCACCUCCAACACCAGUUCAGGCACAGUCACUGGUUCCACCACCAGUUCAGCCAGAACCAGAGAAACUACCAUCAACAGAACCUUCCUCUUUGGCUCAGAAGCCAUCUCAAGAGAGUGAGAAGCCUUUGGAACCUGUGGCUAGUGUCCAGGUAGAGCCUCUAGUUAAAACUGGAAACCAACAAAAUGUUGUGGCACCAACCGUCAAAGAAGAAAAGCAGCCCGAGAAAGUCAUCCACAAAGACGUCGUUGGAGCAGAACGACCUCGGCCGGAUUCUAGAGCACCAGUUAAAAAAGACUCCCCUUUACCAACUUCUAGGACCUACUGGAAAGAAGCUAGAGAGAGAGAUUGGUUUCCAGACCAAGGCUACAGAGGCAGAGGCAGAGGAGAGUAUUACUCCAGAGGUCGAAGCUACAGAGGCUCUUAUGGGGGUCGUGGCAGAGGUGGUAGAGGGCACGCUCGUGAUUAUCCUCAGUAUAGAGACAGUAAGCCAAGAACAGAGCAUGGCCCUUCAGGACCUCUCAGACAACGAGAAGAAAGUGAAACACGAAGUGAGAGUUCCGAUUUUGAGGUUGUUCCCAAAAGACGGCGACAGAGGGGUUCCGAGACUGACACGGACAGUGAAGUUCCUGAAAGUGCCAGUGACAAGGAUAGCCUAAGCAAAGGCAAAUUUCCUAAAAGAGAGGAACGGCCUGAAAACAAAAAACCUGUCAAGCCCCAGGCUUUUAAGCCUGAAAGUCAUGUCCGAAUAGACAAUAGGCCAUUAGAAAAACCUUAUAUCAGAGAUGAGGAUAAAUCUAAACCAGGUUUCCUUCCUAAAGGAGAGCCUACAAGGAGAGGUAGAGGAGGAACAUUCAGACGAGGUGGAAGGGACCCCGGAGGCCGACCAUCACGCCCUGCCACUUUAAGAAGGCCUACUUAUCGGGACAAUCAGUGGAACCCAAGGCAAGCAGAACCUCCAAAACCUGAAGAUGGAGAGCCACCAAGAAGACAUGAGCAGUUUAUGCCUGUACCCGCAGAUAGACGACCUCCAAAAUUUGAACGGAAAUUCGACCCAGCAAGAGAGAGGCCACGAAGACAACGUCCAACUCGACCACCAAGGCAAGAUAAGCCUCCUCGAUUUAGACGGCUAAGAGAGAGAGAGGCUGCUUCAAAAACAAGUGAGGUGUUGGUACCUACAAAUGGCACAGUUAAUAAUGUUGUUCAAGAACCAGUUAAUCCCCCUGGGGACAUAUCUGGAAAUAAGACCCCAGAUUUGUCUAAUCAGAACUCUUCAGAUCAGGCAAAUGAGGAAUGGGAAACUGCUUCUGAAAGUAGUGAUUUCAAUGAGAGACGUGAGAGGGAUGAAAAAAAAAAUGCCGAUGUGAGUUCACAAGCAGUUGUAAAAGCUGGAGAGAAUGUUUUGCCUCCAAAAAGAGAAAUAGCAAAGAGAAGUUUUUCUAGUCAGAGACCUGGAGUUGAUCGACAGAAUCGUCGUGGCAACAAUGGCCCACCCAAAUCAGGAAGGAAUUUCUCAGGUCCUAGGAAUGAAAGAAGAAAUGGCCCACCAUCAAAAAGUGGAAAGAGAGGGCCAUUUGAUGACCAGUCCUCAGGCACAGCUGGUGUUGACCCUGUCAAUGGUAAUGCUGCACACCACCAAGAAGGAGCACCUAAUGGUGCUGGUCAAAAGAAUUCCAAGGAUGCUACUGGAAAAAAGAGAGAGGACCAGACCAAACCAGGUCCUAAAAAGACCAAAGAGAAAGUAGAUGCUCUCUCACAGUUUGAUCUCAACAAUUAUGCAAGUGUUGUUAUAAUUGAUGAUCAUCCUGAAGUAACUGUAAUUGAAGAUCCCCAGUCCAAUUUGAAUGAUGAUGGCUUUACUGAAGUGGUAUCUAAAAAACAGCAAAAGCGGUUACAGGAUGAGGAACGCCGAAAGAAGGAAGAACAAGUUGUACAGGUGUGGAACAAAAAAAAUGUAAAUGAAAAAGGAAGAGGUCAGACUUCUAAACUCCCUCCAAGGUUUGCCAAAAAACAAGCCACAGGGACUCAGCAAGCUCAAGCUCCAACCUCUGCUGCGGUUUCCGUCUCUUCCUCAGCUGCAGUUUUAACAUCCCCAGCAGCUUCAGUUCCAGCCUCCACCCCAGCUCCAGUUCUGGUUCUGGCUUCAGCCACUGCUCUAGCUCCAGCCUCCACCCCAGCUCCAGUUCUCACUUCAACCCCAGCCCCAGCCCCAACCCCAGCCCCAGCCCCAGCCCCAGCCCCAGCCUCAGCUCCUGUUCCAGUGUCCACUUCAUCCUCAGUCACAGCCUCUUCCUCACUCCAAGUCUCAGUUCCAGCUCCAACUCCUGUCCUUGCCUCAGCAUCAACUACAGCCUCCGUCCCCAUUCUUGCCUCAGCUUCAAUUCCUAUCCUUGCUUCAGCACUGGCACCAGCUUCAGUUUCUUCCCCAACCCCAGGAGUCUCAGCCCCAGCUGUACCAACUAUUUCAACAUCAACUGCCCCAGCCUCAGCCCCAGCAGCCUCAGUUCCACUUGCCCCAGCCUCGGCUGCAACCACUGCCCCUGCCCCAGCCGCACCAGUACAGACUCAGACACAGACCCACAAACCAGUCCAGAGUCCACUUCCACCUCCAACACCAUCUUCAAAACAGCCACCACCUUCAAUUAGAUUACCUUCAGCUCAAACAUCUAAUGGCACAGAUUAUGUAGCCACAGGAAAAUCCAUCCAGACUCCACAAUCCCAUGGUCCUCUAACAGCUGAAUUGUGGGAUAACAAAGUGGCUGCUCCAGCUGUGCUGAAUGACAUCUCUAAAAAAUUAGGUCCUAUUAGUCCACCACAGCCACCUUCAGUCAGUGCAUGGAAUAAGCCCUUGACGUCAUUUGGAUCAGCAACUUCAUCAGAGGGAACAAGAAAUGGUCAAGAGAAUGGUGUGGAAAUUGGAAUUGACACAAUUCAGUUUGGUGCUCCAUCUUCAAAUGGGAAUGAAAAUGAGGUGGUUCCUGUGCUUUCAGAAAAACCAACCGACAAAGUUCCUGAACCUAAAGAGCAGCGUCAGAAACAGCCACGGGCAGGGCCUAUUAAAGCUCAGAAGCUUCCAGAUUUGAGUCUGGUAGAAAACAAAGAACAUAAACCUGGUCCCAUUGGAAAGGAGCGAUCAUUAAAAAAUAGAAAAGUGAAAGAUGCCCAACAGGCAGAGCCAGAAGGACAGGAGAAACCCAGCCCAGCUGUGGUCAGAAGCACAGACCCUGGAGCAGCAAAAGAAACCAAAGCUGUCUCAGAGAUGUCUGCUGACAUAGGAGCAAUGAUCUCGGUGUCAUCUGCAGAAUACGGCACUGAUGCAAAGGAGUCUGUAACAGACUAUACUACACCUUCUUCUUCUCUGCCUAACACUGUGUCUACUAAUAAUGCAAAGAUGGAGGAUACUUUGGUUAAUAAUGUGCCCCUGCCCAACACCCUUCCCCUCCCUAAGAGGGAGACUAUACAACAGAGCUCCAGCCUAACUUCAGUUCCUCCCACUACUUUCAGCCUCACCUUCAAGAUGGAGUCUGCACGUAAGGCAUGGGAGAACUCUCCAAAUAUAAGGGAGAAGGGGUCUCCAGUCACUUCUGCAGCACCUCCCAUUGUGAGUGGAGUCAGCAGUAGUGCCAGUGGACCGAGCACUGCUAAUUACAACUCCUUCUCCAGUGCAUCGAUGCCUCAGAUCCCGGUUGCUUCAGUCACUCCUACAGCAUCAUUGUCAGGAGCUGGCACUUACACUACCUCUUCUUUGAGUACAAAAUCUACAACCACAUCGGACCCUCCUAAUAUUUGUAAAGUAAAACCCCAGCAGUUACAGACAAGCAGCCUACCUUCUGCAAGUCAUUUUUCACAGUUAAGCUGUAUGCCUUCCCUGAUUGCCCAGCAACAGCAGAGUCCACAAGUUUAUGUGUCUCAGUCGGCAGCAGCUCAAAUUCCAGCCUUCUAUAUGGACACAAGUCAUCUAUUCAAUACCCAGCAUGCACGGUUGGCUCCACCUUCCCUGGCUCAACAGCAAGGUUUCCAACCAGGCCUCUCUCAGCCAACAUCAGUUCAGCAGAUUCCAAUUCCUAUUUAUGCCCCACUGCAAGGGCAGCAUCAAGCCCAGCUGAGUUUGGGGGCUGGACCUGCUGUUUCCCAGGCUCAGGAAUUAUUCAGUUCUUCAAUUCAACCAUAUAGAUCACAGCCAGCCUUUAUGCAAAGCAGUCUGUCCCAGCCUUCUGUGGUCCUCUCUGGUACAGCUAUCCACAACUUCCCAACUGUCCAGCACCAGGAACUUGCCAAAGCACAAUCGGGCCUUGCCUUUCAGCAGACUUCAAAUACUCAGCCUAUCCCUAUACUGUAUGAGCAUCAACUGGGGCAGGCGUCAGGACUAGGAAGUUCUCAGCUGAUUGACACACAUCUUCUUCAGGCAAGAGCAAAUCUUACCCAGGCCUCAAAUCUUUAUUCUGGACAAGUACAGCAGCCUGGUCAGACAAAUUUCUAUAACACUGCCCAAUCACCAAGUGCUCUCCAGCAGGUUACAGUACCUUUACCAGCAUCUCAACUCUCCUUGACUAAUUUUGGAUCUGCAGGACAGCCUCUGAUUGCUUUGCCUCAGACACUUCAGCCCCAGUUACAGCACACAACACCACAAGCACAGGCCCCAAGCCUGAGCCGCCCUGCACAAGUCAGCCAGCCUUUCAGAGGCUUAAUCCCUGCUGGAACACAGCAUAGCAUGAUGGCAGCCACAGGAAAGAUGUCUGAAAUGGAACUAAAAGCCUUUGGGAGUGGCAUUGAUAUCAAACCAGGGACACCUCCAAUUGGUGGCCGAAGCACCACACCAACGUCUAGUCCGUUCCGGGCUACUUCGACAAGUCCAAACAGCCAGUCUAGUAAAAUGAACAGCAUUGUUUAUCAGAAGCAAUUCCAGUCAGCCCCUGCCACAGUGAGAAUGACUCAACCAUUUCCUGCACAGUUUGCACCCCAGGCAAAGCAGAGAGCAGAGGUUCUUCAGUCCACGCAACGGUUCUUCUCUGAACAGCAACAGAGCAAACAGAUAGGAGGCAAAGCCCAGAAAGUGGACAGUGAUUCAAGUAAACCCCCCGAAACACUGACGGACCCUCCUGGUGCCUGUCAGGAAAAAGUAGAAGAAAAGCCACCCCCUGCGCCCACCAUAACCACCAAGCCUGUUAGAACUGGACCAAUCAAACCUCAGGCGAUCAAAACUGAAGAAACAAAAUCUUAAAAGCUUUGGUUUAUUUGGGGGCAUUGGGGAUGGGUGGGCAGGGAAAAUGAAGUCAAAUAAUGCCAGCAGCCAGGGGGUGGAAUGGUCUGUGACGUUAUCCUGUGUAGAGCUUGAAGAUGCUCAAGGGGCAUAGAGCAUUUACACUGACAGAGCUGCCACUCCAGUUAAAAGGAGGCUUGCACCUACUGUGUAACGUCUGCUUGGUUGACGUGCAUCUUCAGUCGCUUUAUAUACAAGUGUGUCCACACGUACAUAAGUGCAUACAGUUUAGACCUAAGGAAGGAGCUUUGUGAUUCAAUGAAACACCAAAAGUAGAAGGAAAAUGACACCACCAUGGCUCAGUUGGGCACUGGGUGGUCCCAUUGAUAGAUAGAUCAGCUGUGGUUCUUUUGCUCCCUUGUGUUCUUUGGAUGUGUCUGUGGCAUUUCUAGGCUUGAAAGUAAAAUGAUGCUAACUGGUGCUGGAUAGAGGAGCCUUAUUUUUUAUUACGGCAGCUUGUUAUUUUUGUAACAUGGUGAUUGGGUUGAACACAAUAAAGUACAGUAGUAACUGAUCUCCCCUUCUUCCUGGAUGAGUGAGCAGAUGAUUAAAUACUGAUGUCAGCAUUCUUGAGUAUAUUCAAGUGAGCAACAUUUGGCUUCUGCUUCUGUUUAAAAUGAUGCUGUGUUUUGAUUGUGGUCCGAAGCUUUGAAGCACUACUUGGCAUCUCCUUCCUUCCUUGGAGGUCUCACCAUUUAAGCAUAACAGAUUUGAUAAAGUGUUGGUAAGGUGAGGUCUUGCUUGUCUCCACUAGAUCAUCUUCAUUUGAAUCCAGUGGUUAUAAGGUUUUGUUUUAGGGGUAUUCUUUCAUUUUUUUUAAUAACGGUUUUUAGCUGAUGUUCAUGAGAGAAUGAAUCCUUAGAACUGUGCCACUAGGUGAAAGGAAAUCCUAUCUAAGAGUGUUUCUUUACAGAGCUUGUCAUACCAUCCUUUGGGCCCUCUGCUGGAAAAGUAGAAUCAAGUCUCAAAUAAUGCCUUUUCAAUUGUAUCCUCUAGUAUUAUAGGUGUAGGACAGUACUGUAUCAUACCUCUGUGAAUGUAAAAUAGCUUGUACCUGCUUUAUGAUACAUAGUAGUGACUGUGCUUUAUCAGAGCUGUUUUUAAUGAUGUUGCUCAGAAUGUUUUCUUUCCAGAUGAUGAUUGAGAAACUAAUUUAAAAAAACAAAUGGUGCCAGGUACCACAAGAGUAACAGGACUGUGCUGUUUUCUGGGGUUUUGUUUUUUACUUUCUUUCUUUUUUUUUUUAAUUGAGUGUGCUGGAUGUCUCUACAAUUUUGUUCAAGUGACUGCAGAACCUGGAAAAGCUGUUGCUGCUAUUGAUGCAUAACAUACUGCUAUUAUUGGUCUUUUUAUAUAAAUAUAAAUAUAUAUAUACAUAUAUAUAAUUUGAAUUUUUGGAAACUAGCUGUGCUGUCAACUUUGGAAAAAAGUAUCCCAGUUUACCGUGUUGAGUUGGCAUUGUACAGAAAUUAACAGCCAUAUUGGUCUAGAAAUGUUGAACUUAAUUUUUUUUUCCAUUUGUACAGGGGUAACGCACUGUAUUAAAUAUGUAAGGUCUUAUCUACGUGGGUUUGAUUACAAAAACUAAUAAAGUAUUCUCUAAAUAAUGAA